AAAAGAGAGGAGUGUUUGUGCAAAACGGCCUCCAAGCUGCGUGUGUAAGACACGGAAAAGAUGGCUAAAGGGCCCCUGUUAGAUCCUCAAUUCAUUGAAUCUACAACAACUGAUGUCUUUUUUUGUUUUAAAAAAUAAAACUCCCCGUCUUGUCUUGUCUCUCACUUAAUUGAAAUGCCUUGUUCGAAUCUUUUCAAUUGCUGGGACUUCUAAUACAUCCUCACCUUAAUUUCUGAAAUUAUGAGUUGCUAUGGGGGUUUUGAUUUUCAAGGCUCGACAAGGGCUAAUCAACAACAGGUUCAACAUUAUCAGUCUAAUUCGAAACAAGGGUCGAUGGCGAUUAAUGCUAAUUUCCCACUCACAAUUGGUGGUAGUAACCAGAAUAUCUCUUUGGCUGAUUAUAAUAGUAAAGGUGAGAGGGGUAAGUCUGCAAGUGAUGAUGAUGAACCAAGUUUUAUUGAAGAUGGGGGGAAAAAGGGGGCAACCCCGUGGCAGCGUGUGAAAUGGACGGAUGAGAUGGUGAGGCUGUUGAUUACUGCUGUAUCUUACAUAGGGGAAGAGACUGCUGCUGCAGAAUAUGGUGGUGGAAGAAGAAAAUGUUCGAAUAAUUUGCAUAAGAAAGGGAAAUGGAAGUCAGUGUCGAAAGUGAUGGCAGAAAGGGGUCAUUUUGUGUCGCCUCAACAGUGUGAGGAUAAAUUUAAUGAUCUAAACAAGAGGUACAAGAGACUAAAUGAGAUCCUUGGUAGGGGAACUUCAUGUGAGGUAGUUGAAAAUCCUGCUCUUUUGGAUAUGCUCGGUCACGUAUCAGACAAAGGAAAGGAGGAAGUUAGGAAAAUUCUUAGUUCAAAACAUUUGCAUUAUGAAGAGAUGUGCUCCUACCAUAAUGGGAACCGCUUACAUCUGCCUCCCGAUCCUGAAUUGAAGCAUUCAUUGCAUUUGGCCCUUAAAAGUAGGGAUGAGUAUGAUGACAAUGAUGCGAGGAAGAAGCACCCGCAAGAUGACAAUGAUGAAGAUGAUCACGAAGCAGCUGACUUGGAGGAUCGAGGAGAUGAGUAUGAAGAGAAUCAUAGGUUACAUGGUGGGACGUCAGGGGGCUUUUCAAAGAGAAUAAAACAAUGCCAGGGUCAUGAAACGGUUACUUCCUUGACUACUCUCGAUUGUAAUAGGUCUCUCAUUCCUCAACCUCAGACUGAUGUCAGUCAAGUGUUUCCGGAAGGCGACAAAGCGAAGCAGUGGCUGGAUCAAUGCACACUUCAGCUUGAAGAUCAGAAGCUGCAGCUUCAGGCACAGAUGUUGGAGUUGGAGAAAGAGCGCUUCAAUUGGCAAAGAUUUAGUAGGAAAAAAGACAUUGAAUUGGAAGUCAUGAGAAUGGAAAAUGAGAGGUUGAAACUUGAGAAUGAACGUAUAGCGUUGGAGUUGAAACGGAAGGAGAUGUUUGCUGACAAUGCCUAGGCUUAGUGCCAAUGCCAAACUGAGCUAUCAUUCAUGGACCUAUCAAAAUUUCCUUUUCUUAGAGGGAGAAGAUUACCUUUUCAGGAUCAGUCUUUUUAUGAUAUUAAGUGUACAACUGCAAAAUUUACUCCGCGUAAUCAUGGCUAAUGCUCAUUGAGUAUGUAUUCUAAAGCUAGUAGUUGUCCUUGUAGUAACCUCAGAUGAUCGCUUCUGGUGUAUAUUUUGAAAAGAGAUAUAUAAAUCUUGCAACUCUAUUGGGUUUUUA